GCGAUUUAACCGGUUUCGGUAGCUAAUUUAUUUUUCUCUUUAUUACGUUUACGUGUAGAAUGCGCAUAUUGCGAAUGCACGUCGCCCGAUUUCCCUCUAAACCUGAUGAAACCAGCUCUCUCAGUCAAUUUGGCUAAAAAAGCUUUUAAGGUCGCAAACGUGCUCGACUCGACUAGGCGUCCCUGCCGGUCGAAUGCGAUUGUCAGGCGUAGGGGAAGGGGGAAUCGCUUCCCGCAGGAGACGCAGCACGAGAUGCUGACGAGAGUGCAAUGCCACCAACGUGACAGGCCCCUAUCCUUAGCCGCUUCCCUCCAAACACUGCGGACGUGCGAUCAAUAAACCCCGAAGCGUUUUUUUGGCGGCGCGUGGGCCCCCACUCGUGCGCCCUGGUCAUCAUUCGGUCGGUGAACACGCAUAAUUGCAACGACCUUUCCAUUAGGUUGGAGGGCCUGCUGGCGAACGUGCAAAACAUCAGCUGCCCAUUGCGGAUCGUUCCAUUUUACUGCUGGUUGGAGUCGGCAGUCGCGUAGUGCGCGUCAGACAGGCUGCCAGUGAGACUGUUUAUAUUAGCAUGUCUCAGCACUACGUGCUGACCAAAAAGUCGACCAGGAUGGGUCGCGUGCGUCGCAACUACAGCCGCAAGGACAUGGAGGACGCGGUCAGGGCUGUACAGGAGAGGAGGAUGAACCUCAACUCGGCCGCCAAUUAUUUCUGCAUCCCCAAAUCCACCCUCCAUUACGUCGUGACGGGCAAGUCGAAGAUGGACUUCAACCGACCGCCGUUUAUCAUGUCCAAGGGCCAGGAGAAUGAAUUAGUUCGCGUGUUGGCAAGCAUGACCUACGAGGGGGUUGUUUUCAACUUCAAUAACAUCGAGGAAGUAGUCGAGCGCCGCCUCUCGGGAAACAAAAACCCCUUCGCGCACGGCCGGCCGGGCCGCUCGUGGUGGAACGACUUUCGACUCCGGCACCCAGAAAUCGAGUUCGUUUUUCACGCGUUCGCUCCCAAAGAUACUCCAGGCUCGGCCGAGGCGUCAUGGCCGGCGGUAAACAGCCCCCAGGUGGUGCAGCGGCUCAAGUCUGGCGAUCUCCUCAACGCGCCGCAGUCGAUGACCCAGCGCGAAAUCAAACCAAUCCUGCCGAAGCCGUCGACGUCGGCGGCGGCCGCCAUGAGCCCGCCGUACCAGGACUCGUCGCAGCCGGCUCCGCAGGCGCGACCUCUACAGCCGAAGCAAACGCCAAAGGCCGCACCGAAACCAAAGUCGAGCGCCGCCGCGUCCCAGCCGCGCUCGGACAACGACGACUCGGAGCCGCAGCAGGUGUGCCUCCGCUGGAACUCAUUCCACUCCAACAUGGAGACCAUGUUCCCUACGCUUUUGUACAAGGAGAAGUUUGUGGAUGUCACCCUUGCCUGCGAAGGACGGCUCAUAAAAUGUCACAAGGUUGUGCUUUCGUCAUGUAGUCCUUACUUAGAACGCCUGCUCAGCGACAAUCCAUGCAAACACCCCAUCGUGUUGAUGCCAAAAGAUGUUCCUUACUGGGCCCUGCGAGCCAUCGUCGAUUUCAUGUACCGCGGCGAGGUCAACGUGGAGCACGAGCAGUUGGCGCCGUUGCUGGCCGCCGCCGAGUCAUUGCAAAUCAAAGGUUUGGCCGGAUCUCCAGGAGACGCGGGGAGCAGAAAAGACGGAAGGCCAGGCGUGAAGAGAAAGCGGAUAGAGUCACCAGCGCAGACGAACCAACAGCCUAAACCGCCCCAGCCGACCCCUCAAAACAACACGUCCUCCCAACAGUCUACCUCAAGUCCAGCGACCGCGACUGCCCAGUCAUCAUCAAAAAAAGAGGCGAAAGAAUCUCCAUCUCAGAAACAUACCCAAAUGGCACCGCACAUCGCCGAGAGUCUGCGAGGCCUGUCCCCAGGCAUUGAAAUCACGCCACUUGUGUCAUUUGAGGAGAUUAAAACGGAACCCAUAGACAGUAAUGACGAUGGAUCUCUCGAACCCCCUGACGAUUAUGGAAUAGGAAAAGUUUCACCGUUCAAAGGCUAUGACGACGGAGACGAAUCUUUACCAGUCAGUCACGUUGAGAGCUUAAUGGAAGAAGAAGACAUGGGCGACGAAAGCGAUACACUCAAUGACCAUUCCCAAAUACCCGAUCCAAACGACUUGCUAUCAACUGAAAUGGAACCAAUUGAAGAAGAAGACGAUUCAGCAAAUGUGUACAGUGAAAAUGGCAUGGACUUCCCCGAUUGUGGCCUUUCUGAAGAAGCUUCAGACCUGGUCGAGUCGUAUGCUGAAGUGUGCAUGCCAAGUGAUCCUGGAGAACAUCACGGGAGCUAAUUCAUGGAUGUUCUUGAAUUGAGCAAUUCAAAUUUGAUGGCAUAGGAAUUUAUUUUAGUUCCAUCGUGUACAUUUCCAUUAUCAGAAUAUUUUGCAAUAAAUGACGUUGCUAUUAACUUUCUAAGAAA